CGCUCAGGGAAAAAUUGUAGAUAUAUUUUGUGAUGAAAUUUUUGAGUUAAAAAUAUCUUGAAUUUAUUCUAUCCUUUUCUGAAUAUCAACUCUAAUCUUCUGGAAUCUGUGCACUUUAGAUUUAUGUAUCUGACCAAUUCUAAACAGAUUCACUUUCUAUUGGUCUUUCAAUCUGUUUAUUGGUUUUUAGUGACUUUCGUUCUCAAUCGGUAAAUCUCCUUCUGGUAUUCUGUUCUCGAUGGCUCACCGUCAAAGUUGUCCAAAAUGUGGUUCUAGUGAUUUAGAAACUGAUGCCGCCCGUGGAGAUACUGUCUGCACCAAUUGUGGAUCUGUGCUAGAGGAUAAUUUGAUAGUCAGUGAGGUGCAGUUCCAGGAAGGUAGUCAUGGAGGCUCGAAUAUUAUUGGGCAAACCAUUUCAGUUGAUAAUGGUUUUCAAGGGCUAUCCAUGGGUGGUAUGAUGGCCAGUGGUAAAGAAUCCAGGCAAAUUACUUUGGAUCGAGCUCGAAAAAGAAUCAAAGCUAUCGGUGCUUCUUUAAGUCUAAACAAUCAUUGUAUGGAUAUGGCUUUUAACUUUUACAAAAUGGCUCUCAGUCGCCGACUCACUUGUGGGAGAAAAAAUAAUCAUGUUAUUGCUGCUUGUGUUUACAUUACUUGUCGCCUUGAAGGAACAUCACACAUGCUUCUUGACUUAUCUGAUCUAAUGCAGGUCAACGUUUAUGAACUCGGACGUACUUAUUUGAGACUUUCAUGUGCUCUCUGCAUAAAUAUUCCUGUUUUAGAUCCAUGUUUAUAUAUUGUAAGAUUUGCUCAUAGAUUAGGCCUUGGAGAUAAAACUCAUGACGUUGAGAUGACAGCUCUUCGUUUAGUGCAAAGGAUGAAAAGGGACUGGAUGCAUACAGGACGAAGGCCAUCUGGGCUAUGUGGAGCUGCUCUUCUUGUGGCAACUCGAUUAAAUAACAUAGAUCGCUCUGUGAAAGAGGUUGUAGAUAUUGUAAAAGUUUGUGAAACUACCAUCAGAAAACGUUUAAAUGAAUUCAGUGAUACACCAACAAGUAAAUUGACUUUAGAGGAGUUCAUGACGGUUGACCUGGAAGGAGAGGAAGAUCCUCCUUGUUACAAGAUGGCGAAUAAGAAGGUUAAAUCGAUAGUUGAGGAUAAAGAACAACUGGAACAAGUUGAAAAUGAGGUGGCCAAAAUUCAGCAGCAAAUUGAAGAAAAGCUUGAAAGCAUACGGAAAAAAUUUCGCUCGCCAUUCGUUAAGAGUUCAGAAACGCAAGAAACAGCUGACAAACCUUCGAAGGAGGAAGAUGAAGAUGAAGAUAUCGAUGUAGAAGAAGUUGUUGAGAAAAUCGUGGAAACAAAUCAUUUCAAUAUAAUCAGAGAAAUUGUUGGUCAAGAUAAUCCACAAGCUGAUUCUUUUCUUCAGCAACUUCAAGCUCUUCGACCAACUGCUGCUAGUUUAGGAAUCAGUUCAUCUUUAAAUGUAGGGUUCACUAAAGGACUAAAAGACGAAGAUCCAAACGCAAAAAGACGUGCUUCUAGUGUAUCAUUCAAUGGUGAAAUUAACAAUGAAGAAGAUGUCGAUAAUGAAGAUGACAAUGAAACUGAUGUAGACGACGAAGAUAUGGAUUCGAUUAAAGAGGAGAAUCAAGCAGCAGACAAUCAAGAAUCGGGGGAAUUGGAUCUUGAAGGGAUUGAUGAUGCUGAACUAGAUAAUUACAUUCUUAGUAACAAAGAAAUACAAAUAAAAACCAAACUUUGGCAUAGAGUUAACGCUGAGUAUCUCAAAGAGAUGGAAGAGAAAGAGAAAAGAAAAGCCGAAGAAGAGGCUGAAAGAGCGAAGAAAGAGAGUUCAGGUGAAAUGCCACCGAAAAAGAAACGAAAAAGCAAAAAGAAAACACCAAUUGAAGCAAAUACCGCUGGAGAGGCAAUAGAAAAGAUGUUGGAAGAGAAAAGACUUUCCAAUAAAAUUAAUUACGAUGUAUUAAGAAGAUUGUAGGCAUUAUUCAAAUUUCUUUUUUAUUUCACACUAGACACCUUUUUUUCCGACAAAUCAAAAUGAUUGAUAUUUUCAACAAUCUUUCUCCAAUGUUAAUACUGAACGAAUUCACUUUUGAAAUACUUUCAAAAGGAAGAUGUUAAUAAAUAAAAAUUAAUUUUCAAUUUUGA